AUGAGGUCGCGGGUGGGUGAUCAGUGGAUCGUGGCUAACUUGGUUAAACACCCCGAUAUUCAAUCCAAGCUUUACAGUGAGAUAACUGGAAAAUGGCGUGCGUGGUACUUGAAGGCAACCCUGUUAGAAGCCCUAAGGCGCCACCUGCCAGGGCACUUCGUGUUGCCCCAUCGAGUAACAAAGGAAGUUGAAUUGGAUGGUUAUAUGAUCCCAAAGAACAGGCUUGUGAAUUUCAUGGUAGCAGACCUGGUUUGGGAUCUAAAAGUGUGGAAGGAUCUAAUAGAAUUCAAGUCUGAUAGGUUCUUAGCCAAUGGUGGGGAGGAGUUUGACAUAAUGGGGAGUAGAGAAAUCAAGAUGAUGCCAUUUGGUGUUGGAAGGAGAAUAUGUCUCGGGUGGGGUCUGGCUCUGCUUCACAUGGAGUAUUUUGUUGCUAAUUCGAUUUGGUACUUUGAAUGGACAAGUAUUCAAGAGCCAACAACAAGUCUUGGUUCUGACAAUAUUGAAAUGUCGGAGAAGCAAGAGUUUACGACUGUUAUGAAGAAUCCAUUGCGAGCUCGAAUCUCUCCUAGAAUGUCUUCAGUUUAA